AUGGAUUCACGACGGCAAAAGGUAUGCUAUCACAAUACGAAUGUGUCCUUGAUUGAGAUUUUCAUCGUUUGCUGGUGUCUUGGGUCACUAUAUGUGGUGGAGAUAUGGUCGUUAUUCCACACUCGUAAGCACGCUCGCUUGGUGGUGUAUCUCUUGGUGUUGCAGCUGUAUUUCAGCUUGGAGUUUCUAAACUCGUGGUGGUACCAGCCGAGCAGUGUGACUUCGCAAUCGUUCCUCAUAUAUGGCGUCAGGGGCAAUUUUGCCUUCUGGAUGAUGCAAUGCUGUAGCGUGGUUGAAUAUUUGAUGGUGGGCACGGGUGACUACUGCUUUGUUGGUGGUGUUUCUGCCGUGGGGGUAUUUGUUGCUGCCACGGGUGUGCUCAUUCGGCAUUUGGCCAUGAGACAAUGCGGUGACUCGUUCAGCCAUUACAUUGCCACUGAGAAACUACACCACAAGUUGACGGUAGAUGGAAUCUACGGCUUGCUGCGACAUCCCAGCUACCUCGGAUUCUGGUUGAUGACAGUUGGCAUCGAGAUCUUGCUCCAUAAUGCCGUUAACCUCGUGAUUGACAUAAUCGCGUUGCAUUUCUUUUUCCAGCAAAGAACCCGCUACGAAGAGGCAAUGUUGGUUAAGUUCUACGGCGACGAGUAUAAACGAUAUCAGGCCCGCGUGGGGGUAUAUAUUCCUUUUAUAUAG